GUCACGUGGUAUUUCCUCAUUCGAUACGAGCUCCGAAACCGACCGAGAGCUGCACAGAAGUGAACCGUGAAACAAGCGUCGGAUCCUCGGUCCCAUCCGCCCAUCUGUGUGGCUCCUCAACACUGUGGCUCAAGGGCUAAAAGGCAGAGCAGAUCCUGUGACCUCCCGGCUGUUUGUCUGUUCAAGAUGGCCGCUUGAGUGGGGAAUUUACACACAUCUCUCCAAUAAAACUAAUCCAACAGCUAGCUUAGCUUGCCACCCAACUUUCACUGCCUUAUCAGAGAAUGAGACGACGAUACGGGCGACGUUUGUUCCGAUUUUAAAACGGAUCAUGAGCUCAGUUGUUGAGGAGGACGUCGGAGUUAUGGAAUAAAACAAGUGCUGGAAUUGGAGGGGGUUAAGGGCCCUUUGUUUCAGCCCAGCAUGGACAGCUUCUUCAAGGCAGCUGUAUGUGAUCUGGACAAACUGCUUGAUGACUUUGAACUCAACACUGAGGAACUAGAGUGCAAAUCUGUUUUCCUGAAGCCUUCUGUGUACCCCUUCUCCUCGCUGGGCUCUCAGUGUUUGUCCUCCGAGGCGUCCACUGUCCCGCCAAACCUCCCCGACCUUAACUCGCUUCAUUACGGUUCUGCCACCGGCUGUCCCGACCGCUCCGGCGGUCAAAACCGCGGCGCGGAUGACCGAGAGGUCAAAGGUCAGCCUCUAACGGGAGUGGACCUUCUCUCCUCUGUGGAUCGCAGGCCGGCUCAAAGCUCCGCCCCUCCCUGCCCCGACCGAGCUCUGAAGCCGGUGUGCGACCUGGUGAACGACACGAGCUCGGCCAUCUUGGUCAGGGCCAACAGCCACGAUGCUUUCGGCGAGAUGGACGUGGUGGAGAAGCAAAUGGAGGAGGAAGUGGAGGAGGAGGAGGAGGAGGAAGAGACGCUGCUCGUGGACUUUGACAGCCCUGUGAUCGCCGUGCGCGGAGAGGAGCUGGGGCGGCCGAGCCAAAGCUCUGGCUGCGGCGCCGAAAAGGAAGAACAGGCCUCUGCGGGGAAAGGCGAGCUGCUGGGUUUAGAUUCCCACGAGCGGGGCGGCGAAUACUCUGCGUCGCUCAGUCUGCUGGACGUCAUUCUUUCCGCUGCGGUGGAGAGGAGCUGCGAGCCCGCGGACGAUUCGCCGCCGCCAAGCACCGGCGAGCGGGCGGAGAAAGAGGAGAGGGACGGUGAGGAGGCGGUCUGCACGAACCAAGUGCCGGGUGGCUCUUUAGAGCGCUGCGAAGGGGCCGCGCUGACAGCAGACGGCAUUAAAGACACAACAACAACAACAACAACCACCUCAGAGAAUAAAGAGGACGAGCCGCAAGAAGCCUCCGAUCAGCGUGAGGCGGAGUCUCCCGUCGGUUUAAAGUCGGGGGCUUCGGAGAGCAAACCGGCCGGCUUAUCGUGCCUGCCGAUGGCCGUUUCCAUGUGCGGCGCGCUGCUGAACACGGAGACGAUGGAGGAUGAGUCGGGGCGAGCCGCAGAGCAGUGUGGCGAGGCAGCAGAUGUCUCUGAGAGCACAGAGGCAGACGCGCAAGCCAGGGAGGACCGGUCCGGUUCAGAGGAACGCGUUGACCCGCCGGCGUCUGCGUCCCAGCAGGUCGCGGAGGGCAGGGGGUCCCCAGAGGGUCAGCAUCUCGCUCUGGGACCCGUCCCCGCUGCAGACCUCGCCUCCCGCGAACGCUCGGAGCCCAGCCCGGUCGACCCGCCCGAGUUCGGCUUUGAAUAUCUGCCCGAGAGCGACCAGGCCGAGCUGCUGGUCACGGACGAGGAGCUGGACGCGUUCCUGCAGGCGCACACGGAAGCAGAGCAAAGUAGGGGCGUCUCUCACUGCGGCGGCUCGCGAGAUUUCACCCAACCGGAGAGUCUCUCGGAGGCGAACGGAGAUCCGGAGGGCAGGCUCGCGGGCGACGAGCCGAGGAGCCGCGGUCGAGGUAGACGGGAGGAUCUGGAGCGUCUGGCUUCUCCAGAAAGCGACCGAACAAUGUGCGUGUCCGUAGAGGGAAGUUUUAACCCCAGUGCUCCGUCACAGGACUCUUGCAGACCUCCUUGCCAAGAAGAGCCAGAACUCUCCUCCGGGGUAAGCCAUUCUUCGACCAGCAACACUUUCCAGUCCCAGCACAGCAGUAGCCCCGACCAGCCGCCCUCCUAUGGAGGCGCAAGACCUAAACAGCUACACUGCCACAUCGCUAGAUCUCCGCCAGCAGGGGAAGACGGAGAGGAGCAGGCUCAGACGCUCGGUACGGCUGAGAAUGAAGAAGAAAGUUCACCCACAAGUCUUACAGAGGAGCAUUCCAACAUCAGGGAUUUGAGCCCUAUGUACGCCUCUCAGGAGCAUCAGGAUUACAGCCCGGGGUAUGAUGAACUCUCAGAGCCCCCGCCGUACCCCGGGGACUCGCCCACAGAUGGUGCCCGGUCUGUGAACUGGAAGAGGGAGGGAGCGGAGGAGCUGGGGAGCAGACAGCCUGCCUGGGUACCAGACUCCGAAGCUCCCAACUGUAUGAACUGCUACCAGAGGUUCACUUUCACCAAGAGGCGGCAUCACUGUCGAGCCUGCGGGAAGGUGUACUGUGCGGUGUGCUGCAACAGGAAGUGUAAGCUGAAGUACCUGGAGAAAGAGGCCCGUGUGUGUGUCGUCUGCUUUGAUACCAUACACCGAGCCCAGGCCCUGGAGCGGAUGAUGAGUCCUGCGGGUCCCAGUCCGAACCCCAACGUCCCGUCUGAGUACUGCAGCACCAUCCCCCCUCUGCAGCAGGCUCGAGCCGCCGGCACUCUCAACUCUCCUCCACCGACCGUCAUGGUGCCUGUGUCCGUUCUCAAACACCCAAACAACGACGGUUGUCCUCGUGAACAUAAGCGCGUGUGGUUCGCUGACGGCAUCUUGCCCAACGGAGAGGUCGCGGACACAACCAAGCUGUCGGUGACGAGCCGCCGCAGCUCCCAGGAGUUCAGUGCCGUCUCUCCAGACCAAACGACGCCUGGGUCAGAGGUUGGAGUCGGCUCCUCGGCCCCCGAAGCGUCUGUGGCUGCGGAGGUGGUCCGACCUCCGGUGUCCGGACCCUGGGACUACGCCCUGCUCUCUGGAGUCGGUACUUCUGUGAAGAGGGUUCCCAGUCUGCUGCCAGAUAACGACGAUGAGCUCCCUCCUCUGCUCAUCACCACCGGAGAGGAGGAAGCGGGAGAUGUCUUGGUUGAGGAGAGCCCGGCCCCGUGCCAGAUCCUGCACCUAUUGGAGGAAGGAGGACCUCGACCGCUGACGUUUGUUCUCAACGCCAACCUGCUGGUCAACGUCAAACUAGUUUCAUACGGCGCUCGGCAGUGUUGGUGUUUUGGCUCCAACGGGCUGCAGGCUCUGGGACAGAGAGAGCUGGUGUUUCUGUUGGAGUGUUUGCCGGAAGAAAAAACUCUUCCAAAAGACCUCUUCACACUCUAUCUCAACAUUUACCAAGAAGCCCAAAAAGGGAAGUUGGUGGAGGAGCUGGAUAACGUGACGUUCACCAGCAGCUUCCUGGGCAGUAAGGACCACGCGGGGAUGCUCUUCUUCUCUCCCAGCUGUCAGCCUCUCGAUGGCCUCACGCUCCCACCGCAGCCUUUCAUGUUCGGCGUGCUCGUCCAGAAGCUGGAGGUGCCCUGGGCCAAAGUCUUUCCGCUCCGACUGCUUCUACGGCUUGGAGCCGAAUACAGCGUGUAUCCCACUACAUUGACGAGUGUCCGUUUUCGGGACUCUGUGUAUCGAGAGACGGGACACACCAUAAUGAAUUUACUGGCUGACCUGAGGAACUACCAGUACAGUCUGUCAAUUGUGGAGGGUCUGAGGAUCCACAUGGAGAUGGGUCACAGCUACAUCGACAUCCCGAAAUGUAGCUUCAAUGAGAUGCAGAAGGUGGUAAACGCGUCCAACGAGCACGUUAUCAGUAUCGGAGCACGUUUCAGCUCGGAGGCCGACUCUCACCUGGUGUGUUUCCAGAACGAGGAGGGAAACUAUCAGACGCAGGCCAACAGCAAGCCGGGGAAGACCCGCACAGUGACUGGGGCCAGUUUUGUGGUGUUCAACGGGGCCCUGAAAGCCUCGUCAGGCUUCAUCGCAAAGUCCAGCAUUGUUGAAGAUGGGCUGAUGGUGCAAAUCCCCCCAGAGACCAUGGAGUCUCUGCGCACCGCCCUGAGGGAGCAGACGGACUUCCUCAUACCCUGCGGCAGGAACGAUGGCAGCGAGCUCCGAGAAAACGUCACUGUCCGCUGGGUCGACCUGAGCGCUCCGGUCAACGCAGGGUACACAUUCACACAACUGUUUACACACUGUUGUGCGGUCUGUGCACGACUAUUAUACCACACACUCUGUAAUCCAGCCGGCAGUGGCGAAAAUGUAACUGAGUACAUUUACCCAAGUCCUGUACUUAACUACACAUGUGAGGUACUUGGACUUUACUUGAGUCUUUUCUUUUUAUGCCACUUUCUACUUCUACUCCACUACAUUAUGUAG